AUGUGCCCUGGUCUGGUGUAUAAAAAGGUCUCGUUCUCGCGCUGGGUUAUCAGAUCGUUCCGAACAGAGCACAAGUUCGCCUCCUCUUCUAGAUAUCUGCCUUUACACACCAGCAUGGGGUUUACGUCAAAAUGGCUACUUGGUGUUGCAUACACAGGAGCCUAUCUGACUCUCUUCGUCGUGGCAAUGCAGCAACAUGUGAUAAUGGCCAUGACUCCUUACAUCACUAGUGGCUUCUCCUCACAUUCGUUGAUCCCGGUCAUCUCCCAGAUGGCCUUUAUCAUUCUGGGCAUUGUCUCGCUGGCCGUGUCCCGACUUGUUGAUCUAUGGGGGCUGGCCCAAGGUUUCGGUCUCAUGGUUCUGGCCACCAUUUUAGGAUUACUGCUCAUGAUGUUCUGCCGGAACAUAGAAAUGUAUACGGCAGCCGUGGUUAUCCAUGAAAUUGGUUACGGCGGCAUCCUCUACACUCUCCUUGUCUUUGUGACGCAGAACGCAAAGUUCAAAUACCGUCCCCUCGCAAUUGCUUUCACCAAGGUCCCCUACAUCGCAACCACCUUUGCCGGGCCGAGGGCCGCAGAGGCCUUCUAUAACCGCGGUCUGACGAAAUGGGCUUUUGGUUCUUUUGUCAUUAUUCUGCCUUCGAUUGCAGGGCCACUUUUCUGUAUUCUCCUGUACAGCCAAUGCAAGAUGAGCGCCACAUCUUCGUUUCUGGAAUCACACAAUCAGCAGGUGAAGAGCGGCUUCUUUGGCACCUUGCUCCGCUACCUGAAGGACUUUGAUGUUGUCGGCAUCUCCCUCGCCUGUUGGUUCUCGUAUUUCACGUCUCACCUCCAGGUUGUCCACAAUAUGGGCAUUGGCGAGGCGGGCUACCUGGCCAACACAAACUACGUUGGUACGGGAGUGGCAGCCGUCGUGGCUGGAAUUUGUAUGCGUUAUCUUGGUCGCGCGCGGACGACUACUCUGGCAGCCUUAUCUAUAUACACUCUCGGCACUGGGAUGAUGAUCCAGUUCACGUCGUCAGGGUCAUCAUCAGCCCUCGGAGGUGUCAUCGCAUCUCAAGUGCUCAUUUCUCUUUCAGCGGGCAUUCAUGCUGUCGGCGCAAACAUUGGCGCCUUGGACGGGGCCUCACAGUCCACCCUCUCAAUGCGGCUCGCGCUCGUCUAUUUGUCCAGCAUGAUUGGCUCCUCCAUCGCGCUCGCCAUCUCGGGCGCCAUCUGGACUAAUACAUUGCCUGCGCGUCUAGCGUCUAAUCUUGCGGGUUUGGGGCUGACGUCUCAGGAAGAAACCUCCAUCUACGGCUCCCUGAUUGUCCAAUUGUCCUACGACCUUGGAACCCCUGUGAGGGAUGCUAUCAUCCGCUCAUAUAGGGGCGUGUUUAGAAUCCUGAUGAUUGUCGCCACUGCGACGUCCGUGGUAUCUUGGGUCGGUGCUCUGAUGAUGCGCGAUAUCACUGCUGGCGAUCGGGAUGCCAAAGAGGAAGAGUCGGAGCUGGAGCAAUCCCAUCACACCAGGGGUGAUACUGUGGCUAUCUCGGAAAAGUAG